AUGAUGGCCCAAAGCUUCCCGCACCAUGCGGGCAUCGCUCCGGGGCAUCCUGGAAUACCUCCAGGUCACCCCAUGGGAAUGCAACAUCCUGGCGCUGGUCACAUGGGAGGUCAACCUGGACCCGGCAUGAUGCAGGCCAUGCAUCCAGGGGUGUCUGCCCCCCAAGUCACUCAAGGACCGAUUGUCACUGGGAUGCCACCCGGUGCGGGAACUCCUGCCCCCGGGCCCAUGCACAACGGUAUGGCCAUAGCCCAUAUGAAUCCUCAGCAGGCCAUGUUUCCGCAGCAUAAUCCGCAAAUGAACUAUGGCCAGGGGAUGAUGACGCCGCAGCAACAACAGUUCAUGGCGCGCCAGCGCAUGAUGCAGCAGAUGUCUCAGGCGCAAGCACAAGGCAUGCCCAUGGGAAUACCAAAUGCGCCCGGCUUUAAUCAGGCACAACUGGCGCAAAUGAAGAUGGGCAUGGGCAUGCACCCGCAAAUGCAGAUGAACCCCAACCACCCUCAGAUGCAAACCCUCCAACAACAUCAACACAAUCAGCAGCAGUUGAUCCGCGCUCAACAAGCCCAGGCUCAGGCGCAGCAACAUGCGGCGCAAAUGGCUGCUGCUGCUCAGAACCAAAGGGCGGCGGUAGCUCAACAAAUGCAAAUGUCACGGUCGCAAGAACAGACUACUCAACCUCCUCAAUCACAACCCACGCCCGCGCCCCAAACACAACCUCCUCAACAACCCCCUCCGACCUCACAACCCCAAGCUCAGCCCGCUCAACCCAAGCCUCAGCCGCCACAGCCACAACCCGUAAAUAACCAACCGCAAAGCCAACCGGUCAGUCAGCCAGUCAAGACCACGGAACCGGAAGAGGAGCCUCGUGUGAAGCAGCAGCAAGAAACGGCCCCCAACAUGAUUCUGUCCGAACUACCCAAACAAGACAUGAUUGGAGGCCAAUGCAUCUUGAAGUUGAUCGAGUAUCAGGAUCUUCUGGCCCACCCGGAACGACCAAAUGAUCUGGACUACUGGGAAGCAUUAAUCACCAGAUUCUUUUCGCCGAUCGGAUCAUUGAGACAGCAGUUUUACAACACCAAAUCUGGCAAUGAUAAAUCCUUCCAGCUCCAGUUUCCCUGCCUCGCCCGCUACUACCAUUCAUACUUUGCGAGCGGAGUCAAGCAAAUCCUGCUACAGUCUUUUGAACAUACCCAAACCAAGACGGCGAACGGCGGCGUCCAUAUCACGAGCAGCAGUGCGAGUCUGACCUAUGUUUUUGGCAACGACAUUCGAGUGACCACCAACGGACAGCUGCGCGUCCUUUUUGAUGACGUUCAAGCCAUCGAACAUCUGAAUAUCAGCUCAACGGGAUGGCAAGAGUACAUCCCACGUAAUGUCCUGUCGCAACCCAUGUCGCCAGAAAUGAAACAGAGUCCCAAAAUCACGAACAAGAAUCUCAAACGGACCCAAGGCAAGUCAAAUGUAUCAGGAGCAGGGCUAGUUAUACCUACCUCGGGCGUGGGUGAAUGGGGUGUUCCGCAGCACAUCUCCCAAUUUUUAGAGAUCGCCGAGGUCAUGACGGCCAUGGGUCCACUGAUGGAGUAUUACCAGCAACAUCCCGGAAUCUCGCCCAAAGACACGCUGUUACGAGUCACGCAGGAAAACGCGCAAAAUAUGGCCCAGGCUAACAGCGUGCGGUUGAACCAGAUGACGAGGGCUCCCAAUGGCCAAGUGAUGUUUCCCAACCAGAUGAAUCCUGGCAUGAAUGGGCCAAACAUGAUGAACUCCCCCGCUAUGGGCCAUCUUAACGUCCCUCAAGCUCAAGGAUCACCGAUGAUGGGAGGCCCAGUGCAUACACCGAGUCCCGCCCAGAAUCCGACUGCGGGAGGUGUCGCCAUGAUGCACCAAAUGAGUGCUCAGGGAUCCAAUUUGAGCGGGAGUCAAGGCCCGAGCACAAACACUAGUCCGAACGUGUCGAACAAGAGACGACGCACAAGUGUGGUCAAGACAGAAGAAGAAAAUGGGCAGGGAGAGGUGAAUGGAGCCAACAAAGUCAAACCAAGUCCAAAGCUUGGUGGCAAGCGGCAGAAGGGAUCUGCAUGA